AUGACCUUCCCUCCCCCUCACCCUUCCGCCCAAUCGUCGAUUGCUUCUGGCACCGAUAAACCUUCUUCGACCAGAACUGAGAUUGGUGCCUGGGGUCGGUCCGCGUCGCAGUCCGGCAUUCGUCGUGGGUUGACUCCUCUCGCGACUAACCUCUCCUCCGCCACCGCUACCUCUGCUUCUUCCCGGGGCUUGGACGCAGGCCCUGGGUUCUCUACGCCAUCAUCCUUCUCUGCCGUUCUGAGCUCCACCAGGGGUCUCUCUGGCAACAGCCCCAAGCCUACAUCCUCGCCUUUCACUUCGCUGCAGACAGGCUCGCAGCAACAAGCCCAGUCGCUUUCCUCACCUAAGUUCCGAGCACACACCCCAUCUGCUGGGUCCUAUUUCGCCUCAGCAACAGGUUCCAUCACAGGUGCUGGAGGCUCAGGGGGAGGUGGUGGGCCGGGUUCUUCCAGAGGUGCUGCCUUUUCACCACUGUCGUCAGGCACAACCGUGAACUCACCCACAGGCUUCGCUUCAGACAAGCCCGGAUCAGCAGCAGCUCAUUCAAGUCAAUCGUCGCUCACGAAGAUCUCGAUAGCUCAGGUUUUCCUCCUCUUAGAUUCAAUUACGGAGAAGGAAGGAAAAGAAAAGUGGGAGACCAAGGCUGCUCAGAUACACAAGCUCGUGACUUCGAACGGCAUGGAGGUUUUCUCGAAAUACUUCCGUCGUCUUUUGACUGGCAAUGCGCCCCAGAUUUUUCCUGGGGUGAAUAAGUCCGUCGAAAAUGCGGGCAACUACCCCCUUCUUGUGCAGGAGAUGCAGAAAGUUUCCUCGGAUAUGGAGCAGUCUCAGAAGAUCGCAGAGACAGUCGAUACGUCCGAAGGUGACAUCUUCCGUGAUUUCGAUCUCUCCACCUUCUUGGAUCACUUCCGUCUGGAUCCCAUUGUCAAGGUUUCCCUCGCUUUGGCUUUCAAGAUGACUAACAAAUCAGAUCUUCGAGCCAAGGCCGAUGCGAUUCUCUCCAACUCUCUUAAUCCCUUUUUGCAUAGCUUAUCAGCCUCAUCCGAAGCAAACAAGGAUUUCCACAACUCUUUCCUCGGAAUGACGAUCGAAAGAUUCAUCCUCUACCCUCCCCGAAAUUUCACCGACGACGUUAAGGCGAAGCUGGUAUACGCGGCAAACCUUCGAUACCAGAAGCUGGGUUUGGACAUGCCAUUCGAAGUUUCCUCUGCUUUGCAAAUGUUCAACUUCGUGAACCCUCGAUUCACUCUUGUGCGACAGCUCCACGCCAAGGGACCUCGUGCAACGGCCAACGUUGAGACAAUCACUGAGAUGAUCAAUGCGGUGGGUCCAGAUAGCUGGACGGAAGAGACGCUUGCCAGUGCUCUUCUAUUCAUGACUCUAUCCCAAUACUGGCAACAAUUCUCGUUGGAAACUCUCAUCGCGGCAUAUGCCGAGAAGCAGCCAAAUUGGUCUCUUGUGUUCCGGCAAUUUGACCGAGAAGGCUUGAGAGUCGACCCGGCACAGUUUGAAAAGCUGUACACAGCUCUUUCUGCUGCUGCUGUUGACGAUCCCUCCUUGGACGUACAGAAGCUUUGGGGUGGUGACUGGGACAACCGUGAUACCCAAAUCUCAUUCUUGACAGCCUUAGUUGCAUCUCGAAUUGAUCCUUCUCAGAUUCGCGACUUUCGCGCAACAUUUUCCGCAGACUUCUUUGAUGACGCACCCGAGACCGUUAAGCUGCAGGGGGAGCGUGCAGCCAAAUCACCUCUUCGGUCCCUUGAUGCCAUUAAAGCAGUCUUCGACAUGGCGUUGUUUUCGCAAGCCCACUGGGCUGCGAAAGAAAGCCAGCACCUCAUCAAGGCGGUAGUGCAGUAUGACCUCCCAGUAUUCCUUAUUUCUGCACUGGCUAUGCCCCAGCCCUGGACAACUGUCCAGCAGAGUUUCGUUCUUCGGACCUUUGUUGUGUUCAUCUCAAAACAAGAAGAUGGCUUCCAGCUGGCUCUUCAUGGAGCUUGGCGUCAGGAUCGGCAGUGGGUUUCGGAGCAACUGUUCGCGGCGUUUAGCCAAGACCCCAACUCUACUGCGAUGAUCUAUGAACACGCUGUUAGCUUUGGUUGGCUCGAUUAUCUGCUCGGAUUCACCAAUGGCCUUGCCCUAGACCUUGCUUGUUAUUCUGAUCGCAGGGGCUCGUUUGAUCUUGGACAAUGGAUACGCAGUACUGCCCAAAAAGGGCAGGUUGACAUGGGUAGCCUCUUGUCCAAGUUCUUGAGAAUCAAGGCAGAGGAUGAGCUACAUGUGCAACGGAAGGAGCAGUCUACUCCUCAAAUGGUCAGCCUAUCUGUGCGAACUGUGUACACACUUCUGUCCGUCUUGGAAGAAUUUGUUGGGGAUCGCGAGAACCUCACUCCUGUUCAGCGUAUUUGCAUUCAGACGUACCCUCGAUUGAUCAACUAUGGCGAAGCUUUUGAUGAUAUAAUCGAUGCGAAUGGCGAGAAUGGCAACACAUUGCCCGAUGUGAUUGAUAAGCAGAUGCAGGCACUAUUCGGCAAAAUGUACCACGAUGAACUCUCACUCAGGGAGAUGUUGGAGUUGAUGCGGCAGUACAAGUCAUCACGCAAGCCUGAGGAGCAAGACCUCUUUGCUUGUAUGGUACAUGGCCUCAUCGAUGAAUACCAUUGCUAUCAUGAAUACCCGUUGGAUGCCCUGACCAAAACUGCGGUCAUGUUUGGCGGUAUUAUCAACUUCCGAUUGGUUGAUGGAAUCACGCUCAAGGUUGGUCUUGGCAUGAUUCUAGAGGCUGUCAGGGAACAUGAAGUACACAACCCGAUGUUCAAGUUCGGUGUAGAGGCGAUUGAACAGCUCAUGGAUCGUCUCCCUGAGUGGGCUGGUUUCUGUCACCUUCUUCUUCAAAUCCCAACAUUGCAAGGCACACCGAUCUUCCAGAAAGCCGAGGAGGUUCUUCGAGCCCAAGGUAAGGAGAUCGCUGAUGGUGAAGCCGAGAAAUGGAACAUUCGUCCUUCCCCGUUGCCCAAUGGUGAUGCUGAUGAUCGCUCCGUUGAUGGCAACACCUUCAAAUUCCGCUCUGUCUCAGUGGACCCUCCUCUGCGAUCAGAAUUGUACCAGGACCCGAACGAGGAUGUCCAGGAUAAGAUUUUGUUUGUACUGAACAAUGUUUCUGAGCAAAACAUAGAGGAGAAGCUACGGGACCUCCGUGAGGUUUUGAGUGAUCAACAUCAUCAAUGGUUCGCAGCGUAUCUUGUGGAAGAACGCGCUAAGUUGCAACCUAACUUCCAGAAGCUCUACCUUGAUCUGCUCGAUCGGAUUGGAGAUAGAAUUCUCUGGGCCGAAGUUCUGAGGGAGACCUAUGUUAGUGUGUCUAAGCUGUUGAACUCCGACGCCACUGUUAGCUCCUCCACCGAGAGAGGCCACCUCAAGAACCUCGCUGCCUGGCUUGGCUCGUUGACAAUCGCGAAAGACAAGCCAAUCAAGCACAAGAACAUUUAUUUCAAGGGUCUUCUCUUGGAAGGCUUCGAUGCCCAGCGCCUCGGAGUCGCGAUCCCCUUCACUUGCAAGGUUCUUGUCCAGGCUGCCAAAUCCACCGUGUUCAAGCCACCUAACCCAUGGCUGAUGGACAUCUUGGGUCUUUUACUGGAACUUUACCACUUCGCCGAGCUAAAACUCAACAACAAAUUCGAGAUCGAGGUCUUGUGCAAAGAAAUUGCCCUUGACCACAAGACUGUUGAGCCUGCCGUUAUCAUCCGAGACCGCAGUACACAGGUUGAAGAGGUUUUGCCAGCAGCCGUAACCAUUCCAGAAGGGCUCGAAGCUUUCGAAGAAAUGGGACUCACUUCCAUCAACCAAGGAAUUCGUAAUGAACGGCUAUCGCCUGCUGCUAUUAUGUCUAGUCUGCCAAGCCUCGAUAAGAUUCUUGUCCUGCCCCCUUCGGCAAGCGGCAUGGUAGACUCCACCGUUCUGAGAACAAUUGUUACUUCUGCAGUGGAGCGUGCGAUUGCAGAAAUUAUCACCCCUGUCGUCGAGCGCUCGGUUACCAUUGCUUCCAUUUCGACCGUCCAGCUUGUCUCUAAGGAUUUCGCCAUGGAGCCCGACGAGGAGAAGGUGCGACAUGCAGCCGGAAUCAUGGCUCGACAACUUGCUGGAAGUCUUGCUCUGGUCACCUGCAAGGAGCCUCUGAAGGUCAGCAUGACCAAUUACAUUCGAAUGAUUCAACAGGAUGUUUCGGAUCAGCCUAUGCCGGAAGGUUUGAUUCUGAUGUGCGUCAAUGAUAAUCUGGAUGCUGCCUGUGGAAUUGUUGAAAAGGCCGCGGAAGAAAAGUCACUUCCUGAGAUUGAGAAGAUGAUUGAACCCCAAUUGGAGGCGCGCCGUCGUCACCUUGCUACUCGACCGAGUGAGCCUUUCAUGGAUCCUUCGAUGAACCGCUGGGGCUUCUACAUCCCUGAGCCUUAUCGCCAAACUCCCGGUGGUCUAAACAAGGAACAGUUGGCCAUCUACGAAGAUUUUGCGCGCCAAUCGCGAGGUACCGCGGCGGCUGUUCACCCUCAGAAUGUUUCAGCGGACUCUGGCCGUCAACUUCCUGACGUGCUCCAAGAGUCCUACCCAGCCAUUCCAAACCUUUCUACACCCGCCGAGCAGCCUGCAGUUCCCCACCGAACACCACAGGCGCAGGCUGUAUCGCAGAUCAGCGGUGUACACACCAACGGCUUCAUCGAGACCCUAAACCCACGUGAGAAGGUCGAGUCUCUCAUCUCGGAACUCCAACAGGCCACUCGCGAGUCCUCAGAGGAACGCGUGAAGGACCUUGGCAGGGAUAGUACUGUACUGCAAGAGUACAACACGGCUCUGCGUACUAUUUUGGCGUCGCCAAAUGGUGAGGAGCUGGCACGACUGACCUCUCUGAAGAUUUGCACCACUCUGUACUCGCAACCAUCAGGCCCCUUGGAACUUGAAGUCCUUGUGCACCUACUUGCGAAGAUUUGCGAUAUGUCUACAUUGAUCGCACGCUACACAUGGGCGCUCUUAGCGGACAUUGAUGAUGAACACAUGUUUAACGUGCCGGUGACUGUUUCUCUUAUCGAUGCUGGUCUCUUGGACAUUCGUCGUGUCGACAUGGUGUUGGCCCGCCUCAUUGUCCAGAAGGACGUCCGUGCCCUAGAACUGCUUGAUAACUUGAUGAGCCGUGUUCUUCUCAACGAUGAACCGGCAGCUCUUCGGUCAGACUUCUCAGGCAGUCUCGAGGCAAUGAGCCAAUGGCUAGCCGAAGAUGCAAACGUCACUCCCGCUUUGGAGAUCGUCCGCAAGCUGCGCGACGGUGGCAUUCCAGAAGUUGUCAACCCACUCCUUAACGACUCCGCCCGGGCCAAGCGAGACCAGAUGGAGUACAUUUUCAGCGAAUGGAUUGGAAUCUACAAGGCAUCCGGAGCCACUGAUCGGACAUUCCACUCCUUCCUCCAAGAUUUGCACAAUCGACAGGUUAUGAACAACCCGGAAGAUUCUGCUGUGUUUUUCCGUCUCAGCAUUGAUAUCUCUGUGGGCAUGUUCGAGCACGAGUGCCAGGUCCCCAACGGCAGCCUCGAUGAAGCCUUCCUCUACAUCGAUGCCCUCGCCAAGCUCGUCGUUCUACUUGUCAAGUUCCAGGGCGAGCAUGCCGGUGCUGUUAAAGCCAACAAGCCGGCUUACUUCAGUUCUAUCCUUUCAUCUCUGGUUCUUGUUCUCAACCAUCACCAGGUCAUGCGAGGUGAAGCAUUCAACCAACGCGUUUUCUUCCGUCUGUUCUCUACCAUCCUCUGUGAAUACUCAUUGGCCGACUUCCAGCACCACGAGGAACACAAGGGCAUGAUCUUUGCUUUCGCCAACCGCCUGCUGUCUCUCCAGCCCAAAUACAUACCCGGGUUUGUCUAUGGAUGGUUCACACUGGUUUCACACCGUCUAUUCAUGUCAUACAUGCUCAAUAUGCCGGACCGCGAAGGCUGGGCACCCUACUGCGAGAUCAUGCAAACCCUGCUUUCCUACAUCGGCGAGCAACUCAAGGCUACUAACAUCUCUUAUAUCGCCAAAGAUUUGUACAAGGGUGUGCUUCGCAUCUUGUUGAUCUUGCACCACGACUUCCCGGAGUUUGUUGCUGAAAAUCACUUCCAGUUCUGCAAUGUGAUUCCCGCCCACUGCGCCCAGCUCCGCAACCUUGUGCUCAGUGCCUACCCAUCCUCCUUUCAAAAGCUCCCGGAUCCUUUCCGUGAGGGCCUCAAAGUGGAACGCAUUGAGGAGAUGCGGGAAAUCCCCAAGAUUGCAGGUGACAUUGUAGCACCUUUGGAGCUAGUAAAUAUCAAGGACACUGUCGACGGUAUUCUUCAAAGCGGCAAUGUGUCUGAGACCAUCGUCCAGCAGCUCUGUGGUGUCAUUACUAACCCCCAAGCCACGGACACCGCCCUUCUAUACGCACCAGUUCACGUGGACGUUGUACUUCUCAACGCGCUGGUUCUGUAUAUUGGCCAACAAGCUGCGGAGGAGCAGGCCUCAAAGAGCGACAUCCGCAGCGCUUUCGAGAAUUCGACCCAUGCGGCCCUUCUCGAGAAGCUCGCCCAAGCCAUGCAGCCUGAGGCUCGGUACUACCUCCUGAGUGCGAUGGCAAAUCAGCUGCGAUACCCCAACAGUCACACCUAUUUCUUCAGCUUCACAAUUCUGCGGCUGUUCGGUGUCGACUUCACCGAGCAGGAUGAUUCCGACAUUCGCCAGCAAAUCAUCCGUGUGCUUUUGGAGCGCCUCAUUGUCCACCGUCCUCACCCGUGGGGCUUGAUCAUUACUUUGCAGGAACUACUCCAGAACCGGAGCUACUCCUUCUUCCGCCUUCCCUUCAUCCAGGCGGCCCCGGAGAUUGGUCGGCUUUUUGAUGCCCUUCUCCAGCAUAUCCAGCAGCAAAGCCCUCGCCCUGUGGCAUAA